AAGGCAGCAGAGACGAGACGCCACGGAGGGCUUUUCUUAGCCAUCAUCUGCAGACGGCUGGCAGGAUAGAAGCAGCGGCUCACUUGGACUUGUUCACCAGGGAAAUCAGAGACAAUGAUGGGGCUCUUGCCCACAACCACAGGGGCUCUGGCCAUCUUCAUGGUGGUCAUAUUGGUUCAUGGAGAAUUGCGAAUAGAGACGAAAGGUCAAUAUGACGAAGAAGAGAUGACUGUGCAACAAGCUAAAAGAAGGCAGAAACGUGAAUGGGUGAAAUUUGCCAAACCCUGCAGAGAAGGAGAAGAUAACUCAAAAAGAAACCCAAUUGCCAAGAUUACUUCAGAUUACCAAGCAACCCAGAAAAUUACCUACCGAAUCUCUGGAGUGGGAAUUGAUCAGCCACCUUUUGGAAUCUUUGUUGUUGACAAAAACACUGGCGAUAUUAACAUAACAGCGAUAGUUGACCGAGAGGAAACUCCAAGCUUCCUGAUCACAUGUCGGGCUCUAAACGCUCAAGGACUAGAUGUAGAGAAGCCACUUAUACUAACGGUUAAAAUUUUGGAUAUUAAUGAUAAUCCUCCAGUAUUUUCACAACAAAUUUUCAUGGGUGAAAUUGAAGAAAAUAGUGCCUCAAACUCACUGGUGAUGAUACUAAAUGCCACAGAUGCAGAUGAACCAAACCACUUGAAUUCCAAAAUUGCCUUCAAAAUUGUCUCUCAGGAACCAGCAGGCACACCCAUGUUCCUUCUAAGCAGAAACACUGGGGAAGUCCGUACUUUGACCAAUUCUCUUGACCGAGAGCAAGCUAGCAGCUAUCGUCUGGUUGUGAGUGGUGCAGACAAAGAUGGAGAAGGACUAUCAACUCAAUGCGAAUGUAGUAUUAAAGUGAAAGAUGUCAACGAUAACUUCCCAAUGUUUAGAGACUCUCAGUAUUCAGCACGUAUUGAAGAAAAUACCUUAAGUUCUGAAUUAAUUCGAUUUCAAGUAACAGAUUUGGAUGAAGAGUACACAGAUAAUUGGCUUGCAGUAUAUUUCUUUACCUCUGGGAAUGAAGGAAAUUGGUUUGAAAUACAAACUGAUCCCAGAACUAAUGAAGGCAUCCUGAAAGUGGUGAAGGCUCUAGAUUAUGAACAACUACAAAAUGUGAAACUUAGUAUUGCUGUCAAAAACAAAGCUGAAUUUCACCAAUCAGUAAUCUCCCGAUACCGAGUUCAGUCAACCCCAGUCACAAUUCAGGUAAUAAAUGUAAGAGAAGGAAUAGCAUUCCGUCCUGCUUCCAAGACAUUUACUGUGCAAAAAGGCAUAAGUAGCAAAAAAUUGGUGGAUUAUAUCCUGGGAACAUAUCAAGCCAUCGAUGAGGACACUGGCAAAGCUGCCUCAAAUGUCAGGUAUGUCAUGGGACGUAACAAUGGUGGUUACCUAAUGAUUGAUUCAAAAACUGCUGAAAUCAAAUUUGUCAAAAAUAUGGACCGAGAUUCCACUUUUAUAGUUAACCAAACCAUCACAGCUGAGGUUCUGGCCAUAGACGAAUACACAGGUAGAACUUCUACAGGCACGGUAUAUGUUAGAGUACCCGGUUUCAGUGACAAUUGUCCAACAGCUGUCCUCGAUAAAGAUGCGAUUUGCAGUUCUUCUCCUUCUGUGGUUGUCUCCGCUAGAACACUGAAUAAUAGAUACACUGGCCCCUAUACAUUUGCACUGGAAGAUCAACCUGUGAAGUUGCCUGCCAUAUGGAGUAUCACAACCCUCAAUGCUACCUCGGCCCUCCUCAGAGCCCAGGAACAGGUAGCUCCUGGAGUAUACCACAUCUCCCUGGUACUUACAGACAGUCAGAACAAUCGGUGUGAGAUGCCAGGCAGCUUGACACUGGAAGUCUGUCAGUGUGACAACAGGGGCGUCUGUGGAACUUCUUACCCAACCACAUGGCCUGGGACCAGAUACGGCAGGUCGCCCUCAGGGAGGCUGGGGCCUGCCGCCAUCGGCCUGCUGCUCCUUGGACUCCUGCUGCUGCUGUUGGCCCCCCUUCUGCUGUUGACCUGUGACUGUGGGGCAGGUUCUACUGGGGGAGUGACAGGUGGUUUUAUCCCAGUUCCUGAUGGCUCAGAAGGAACAAUUCAUCAGUGGGGAAUUGAAGGAGCUCAUCCUGAAGACAAGGAAAUCACAAAUAUUUGUGUGCCUCCUAUAACAGCCAAUGGAGCCGAUUUCAUGGAAAGUUCUGAAGUUUGUACAAGUACGUAUGCCAGAGGGACAGCGGUGGAAGGCACUUCGGGAAUGGAAAUGACCACUAAGCUUGGGGCAGCUACUGAAUCUGGAGGUGCUGCAGGCUUUGCAACAGGGACAGUGUCAGCGGCUGCUUCAGGAUUCGGAGCAGUCACUGGAGUUGGCAUCUGUUCCUCAGGGCAGUCUGGAACCAUGAGAACAAGGCAUUCCACUGGAGGAACAAAUAAGGACUAUGCUGAAGGGGCAAUAAGCAUGAAUUUUCUGGACUCCUACUUUUCUCAGAAAGCGUUUGCCUGUGCGGAGGAAGACGAUGGCCAGGAAGCAAAUGACUGCUUGUUGAUCUAUGAUAAUGAAGGCGCAGAUGCUACUGGUUCUCCUGUGGGCUCCGUGGGUUGUUGCAGUUUUAUUGCUGAUGACCUGGAUGACAGCUUCUUGGACUCACUUGGCCCGAAAUUUAAAAAACUUGCAGAGAUAAGCCUCGGUGUUGAUGGUGAAGGCAAACAAGUUCAGCCACCCUCUAAAGACAGUGGUUAUGGGAUUGAAUCCUGUGGCCGUUCCACAGAAGUCCAGCAGUCGGGAUUUAUUAAGUGCCAGACUUUGUCAGGAGGUCAAGGAGCUUCUGCUUUGUCCAUCUCUGGGUCUGUCCAGCCAGCUGUUUCCAUCCCUGACCCUCUGCAGCAUGGUAACUAUUUGGUAACGGAGACUUACUCGGCUUCUGGUUCCCUCGUGCAACCCUCCACUGCAGGCUUUGAUCCACUUCUCACACAAAAUGUGAUAGUGACAGAAAGGGUGAUCUGUCCCAUUUCCAGUGUUCCUGGCAACGUAGCUGGCCCAGCGCAGCUACGAGAGUCACACACUAUGCUCUGUACAGAGGAUCCUUGCUCCCGUCUAAUAUGACUAGAAUGAGCUGGAAUAGCACACUAACCAAAUCUGGAUCUUUGGACUAAAUUAUUCAAAAUAGCAUAGCAAAACUCACUGUAUUGGGCUAAUAAUUUGGCACUUACUAGCUUCUCUCAUAAACUGAUCACGAUUAUAAAUUAAAUGUGUGGGUUCAUACCCCAAAAGCGAUUAUGUUGUCACUCCUAAUUCUCAAGUACUAUUCAAAUUGUAGUAAAUCUUAAAGUUUUUCAAAAUCCUUAAGAUCAUAUUCGCCAGGAAAUUUUCCUAAACAUUCUUAAGCUUCUAUUUUUCCACUGCCAAAGGAAGGUGUUUAUCAUUUUAAAAUGCAAUGUGGUUUAGUGGAUUAAGCAGGAGCACUGGUUCUUAUCUCCGUUGCCUUUUCUUAUAUCAUUGAUAAUGAUGUAAGAAUC